AUGGUAGGACUCCUUUGGCGCACAAUCAAAAACAACACCAUUGAAGAAAGCUUACACGAACUAGUUCAGGGGGCCAGAAUGAUCAAAGAAGUCGCUCGUGGCUGUUUAAAAAGCCCAACUUCUUUUCGAAUGGCCCAUAUUUUUGAUAGCCUUCGACAAAUCGGACACGGUCUUAUCUUUUUAGGAAAAACAGCUAAUAUUAUUUUGGUGCUUUUUGUUUACCGAAUUAUCAAACGAGUCUUCUUUUUUAAACUUCCAGCCGUUAUUUAUUUAGCGAUCUUUGAUUAUUUUGAUCAGCGCAGAUACCACGUCAUGAAAUCACGAGGUAGUUUUGAUGCUAUCGUUUGUAUUUUUCUCUUUCUACUUCUUUUGUACAGCUUACUGACUAUCAACUUAGAAACGGCUAGAUUUCGCGAGGCUUAUCAGCAGCAACGGAUGGCACUAAAGGCAAAUCUAGUAAGAAGUGAGUAG